UGGGGCCCCCCGAGCGCCAGGUAUAUAAUCCCCCGUCCGGGGCGACUGGGCAGCCCCGUCAGUGGAACCCUGCGACACUCAGAUCAGCACUUUGGAACAAGAUGGCAAUGACCAACCCUUUGCCUACAGGCCCAUGGAAGAUCACAGUGUACGACCAGGAGCACUUCCAGGGCAAGCGUGUGGAGUUCACGGCUAGCUGCCAGAACAUCAUGGAAUGCGGCCUGGACAACAUCCGAUCCCUCAAGGUGGAGUGCGGCGCCUGGGUAGGCUACGAACAUUCGAGCUUCUGCGGCCAGCAGUUUGUCCUGGAGAAAGGAGACUACCCUCGCAUUGAGGCCUACAGCGGCAGCAACUCCUACCGUAUCGACAGGAUGAUCUCCUUCAGGCCCAUCUGCUGUGCUAACAGCAAGGAAGCUCGCAUGACCAUCUACGAGCUGGAGAACAUGAUGGGCCGCCAGUUUGAGCUGUCGGAUGACUACCCCUCCCUGCAGGCCAUGGGAUGGUUGAACAACCAGGUUGGAUCCAUGCAAAUCCAGAGUGGAGCAUUCGUGUGUUACCAGUUUCCCGGCUACCGAGGGCAGCAGUACAUCAUGGAGUCGGACUGCCGGGGAGGCGAGUACAAGUCCUACAAGGAGUUCGGCUCCCACGCUCAGACCCCCCAGAUCCAGUCCAUCAGGAGGAUCCAGCACUGAAAUCUUCUUUCUUCUCUACUUCUUCUUCCACCUCCGGUCCAAAAUGGACUGGGGGUUCUUCAGUGUCGUCCGCGGCGCUUUUGUAUUAUGGCAUGAUCCAAGUCGUAAAAAGACUGUGAACAAGGUGCCAACUUGUCAUGGCUUUGUCAUCAGUUUCUAUUCAUCAUAUAUUAAUAAAAAGAAU